AGGAGAGAGGACACGAGGAGGGCACGAUUGAGAUUAUCCCAUUUCUCUUUUUUAUUUUUUUAUUUUUUACAAAAAGCCGCAGAGGCCACUAUGGAAAGACUGUAUAGUGUGGCAUACCACCCGCUCUUACUUCAAGCACAGUUCAACAGCGGCUGUGCGUGUUGCAGCACCUCCUGGAAGAUCCCCUAUUGGCUCUUUCUCGGGGAAUGCGCUUGUUUUGACAACUCAUUUGAUUGUUGGAUAUGGUUUGAGAGGACGACGCGGACUGCAGGUUAAACCGUAGAAUUCGUAACAGUCUCUGCAUUUUGCAACCUAUGCAAAUCGGAUUAAUUUUGGUAGGCUAAACAUAGGAAUUUAGUUGAUAAACGCGCGUUCCUUAAAGAAUAAAGGGGGGGGGGGGGGGGGAUUGACUGGAUUGAAAUGACCAUGUCCGAGGAGAAGAAUUCGGGGUCUCGGGGGAAAGAGGAAGAGAGCGAGGAUGAGAGUGAAAUCUUGGAAGAAAGCCCCUGCGGUCGCUGGCAGAAGCGAAAGGAGCAGGUGAGUCAGGGGAAUGUCCCGGGCAUCGAGACUGCCUCACUGGCCAUGGACACAGAGGAGGGGGUAGAGGUGGUGUGGAACGAAGUGCAGUUCUCCGAUAAGAAGGUCUUCAAAUCUCACGAGGAUCGAAUGAGGGAGAUGUUUGAGAGCCUGAUGCAUGUAGAUCACCCCAACAUUGUCAAGUUCCAUAAGUACUGGCUGGACACCAGGGAGAGUCGGGCGAGGGUGAUCUUCAUCACAGAGUACAUGUCAUCAGGCAGUCUCAAGCAGUUCUUAAAGAAAACAAAGAAAAACCACAAGACCAUGAAUGUCAAGGCAUGGAAGCGAUGGUGCACUCAGAUUCUGUCAGCUCUGAGUUAUCUGCAUUCCUGCCACCCGCCCAUAGUCCAUGGUAACUUGACGUGUGACACCAUCUUUAUCCAGCACAACGGACUCAUCAAGAUUGGCUCGGUGUGGCAUAGGCUGUUUGUCAAUGUUUUCCCAGAGGCGAUCUACGGAAAUGUGCAGCAUCAUCGGGAUGAUGAAACGAACCAGCACUAUUUUGCUCCUGAAUACGGCUUGGCUGAGGAUGUUUGCUCUAUUGACAUCUUCGCCUUUGGCAUAUGUACCCUGGAGAUGGCAGUGUUGGAGAUCCAGGCCAACGGGGACACUGUGGUAUCCAAAGAGGCUAUAACCAACGCCGCCCAGUCUUUAGAGGACCCGCUCAUAAAGGAGUUCACCCAGUCGUGUGUACGCAUGGACGCCAAGAAGAGACCCACGGCCCAUGACCUGCUGUUUCACAGGGUCCUGUUUGAGGUGCACUCUCUUAAACUGCUGGCUGCCCACUGCUUUAUCAACUAUCAGUAUCAGCUUCAUGAUAACUGCCUUGAAGAGAAGACCAGAACUUUUGACCCCAGUGGUGUGAUGGCUGAGAUCAAGCAUGGGGACCGGCCCGGGGUGGAGAUCAAGUACUCGAAUGUUUCGCCGCUAGAACUGGACAAAUUUCUGGAGGACGUAAAGAAUGGGAUCUAUCCCUUGAUGAACUUCCAGCGGGGCCUCACCAUGCCCCGGACCUUGUCCAUCUUCCAGGAGCGCAUGGAGACAGUGAAGACUCCCAGCCCGGAGCCCCAGGAGAUGGAGACCAGAAAGGUUGUCCAAAUGCAUUGUAACUUGGAGUUCACUGAGGAAGGCACCAGAAGUCAUCUCUCUCUCCUCCUGAAGAUGGACGACAAGCUCCAACGGCAGCUGAACUGUGACGUUCUGCCUACUGACAGCUCCAAAGACCUGGCUAGUGAGCUGGUUCACUUCGCCUUCAUCAGUGAGGAGGACUGUGAGAAGCUGGCGGGCUUUCUGGAAGACGCCCUGUGUAAGCAUUGGGCCGGGCCGCCAUUGGAGGAGUCUUCCCUGGCAUAGUGAUGCUGUACCGACACAUGCUGCUGACCCAAGGGGGAUCUGGACCCUGGGAAAACUACAACAAGAAAGAGAAUUUAGGGACAGAGGGGAAGGGGGGGGGGGGGGGGGCAAUUAGUGGGGGAACUUUAAGAGUGAACAUUCCAGGACUAGGAAGUGCCAGAUUUUUGUUUUUGUGAGGCUUGUAAGGGAAGAGAGCCAAGUCAGCUCUUCAAUCUGUGUGGCAAAUGUAAGCAACAAGAAACGCUGUCUCAAAACAGAAGUGAGAAGCGAUCUCUCUUUCUACUAAACAGAAGUGAGAAGCGAUCUCCCUUUCUACUAAACAGAAGUGAGAAGCGAUCUCGCUUUCUACUAAACAGAAGUGAGAAGCGAUCUCCCUUUCUACUAAACAGAAGUGAGAAGCGAUCUCCCUUUCUACUAAACAGAAGUGAGAAGCGAUCUCCCUUUCUACUAAACAGAAGUGAGAAGCGAUCUCCCUUUCUACUAAACAGAAGUGAGAAGCGAUCUCUCUUUCUACUAAACAGAAGUGAGAAGCGAUCUCUCUUUCUACUAAACAGAAGUGAGAAGCGAUCUCCCUUUCUACUAAACAGAAGUGAGAAGCGAUCUCCCUUUCUACUAAACAGAAGUGAGAAGCGAUCUCUCUUUCUACUAAACAGAAGUGAGAAGCGAUCUCUUUCUACUAAACAGAAGUGAGAAGCGAUCUCUCUUUCUACUAAACAGAAGUGCCAACCAACUCAAGCCAGAUAAGACUAUGCUAGGAGAGCUACUAUAUUUGGCCACUUCAAUGCCUCUGUCUCUCCGCACAGAUGAUGUCAAUGGCCUUGUUUAGAAUUAUAGCAAGAGACAGUGGACAAAGUAAGCAAUACGAGGAACAUAAAGGUCUUCAACAUUUACUGCUGCAUUGAGGCCUUUUUGUCCAUAAUAACCUAUUGGGCUCCAUUUUACACACGCAGCGCAGCCUUGGCAAUGACCCCAUAAAGAAAACUAAUCUAAAACUCUCACUCUCACAUGCAAGGUGCGGGUACAGACACAUUGAGAUUUUGUGUCCCAAGAUUCCAGGAUUGAGACAAUGGUUUUUCAAUGGGGAGGUCAUCCUCUGCUUGAUGAAUGAUUGUCCAACGGAAGGGAAAAAAAAACUGCAAAAUAUGUUAAGUCUUCUACAUAUACAAGUCAUCCGGAAAAAAAGUAGGGAUGAGUUAAACUUAUGACAAGAACGGACAAUGAUGUAAGUCAUAUACAAUUUUAUCCGUGUUCAUGCUUCUCUGUUAGGGUUGGAUAUUUUCCUGGUAUUUUACAAAUAAAUCACUUUUCUCCCCGG